AUGUCAAGCCGACUCGAGUACCUCAUACGAAAGCUAGACGAGCUCGAUGAUGCUAUCAGGCGUGAGAAGAGAGAGUACGACAAGGCGAGGGACCGGUACGACAAGAUGAGAAGCCGAGACAUUCUGGAGGACCUCAGGGGACAAUUCCUAGGGUACCAAACCGAGCGAGACCAGCUCCACAGCGCGCGCUCCGCCGCUCGAGAAAAGUGUUUGUUUUUCUCCCUCCCGCUUCCGAACCACCACCCGAAGGCAGCCUCCUCCUUCAUGACAUACCUCAUUGCUGAUCCGCGCCAAAUGUUUUCAGUGCGGCAAAACCAACCUCCUCCACAGCAAGAGCGGCAUCGUCCUCACAGCUACACAGCUCCCCCGCCAAACACCCAGCGAGGCCAGCGAGAAGCGCCGCCUCGGCCCCAGUACAAGACAACCUUACCUCAUCGACCGGCUCCCCAGCACAGGGAUGCCUGUCCGCCACGGAAAAGCUACGGUUCCAACAGCAGUGCAGCAGGGCAGACCCGCGACCAGCCCGGCAACAACAGCAACAGAACCAAGCGGCCUGCGCCCCCUCGACCGCACCAGAGAACGCAGACGCUGGAUUACGAGGUUGAGGAGCCCGAUGGCAAGUCAUACGUUGUCAGGGGUGGCGCGGUAUUCCGAGACUUUGAUCCUGCGCGGGAUACAGUGCGAAGGGCCGAGUGA